CAGCCGCCCGCCCCCUCUCCCCCCGCCCGCCCGCCCGCCCGCCGCCUUCCUCCCUCCGCCUGCCUUCCCCACGGCCGGCCGCCUCCUCGCCCGCCCGGAGCCCAGGCCGCUGCGGCCGCGGCGGCGGAGCCCCCAGCCAUGGCCUCGGGCGACACCCUCUACAUCGCCACGGACGGCUCGGAGAUGCCGGCCGAGAUCGUGGAGCUGCACGAGAUCGAGGUGGAGACCAUCCCGGUGGAGACCAUCGAGACCACGGUGGUGGGCGAGGAGGAGGAGGACGACGACGACGACGAGGACGGCGGCGGCGGCGGCGGCGACCACGGCGGCGGGGGCGGCCACGGGCACCCGGGCCACCACCACCACCACCACCACCACCACCACCACCACCACCCGCCCAUGAUCGCGCUGCAGCCGCUCGUCACCGACGACCCGAGCCAGGUGCACCACCACCAGGAGGUGAUCCUGGUGCAGACGCGCGAGGAGGUGGUGGGCGGCGACGACUCGGACGGGCUGCGCGCCGAGGACGGCUUCGAGGACCAGAUCCUGAUCCCGGUGCCCGCGCCGGCCGGCGGCGACGACGACUACAUCGAGCAGACGCUGGUCACCGUGGCGGCGGCCGGCAAGAGCGGCGGCGGCGGCGGCGCGUCGUCGGCGGGCGGCGGCCGCGUCAAGAAGGGCGGCGGCAAGAAGAGCGGCAAGAAGGGCUACCUCGGCGGCGGGGCCGGGGCGGCGGGCGGCGGCGCGGACGCGGGCGGCAAGAAGUGGGAGCAGAAGCAGGUGCAGAUCAAGACCCUGGAGGGCGAGUUCUCGGUCACCAUGUGGUCCUCAGAUGAAAAAAAGGACAUUGACCAUGAGACAGUGGUUGAAGAGCAGAUCAUUGGCGAGAACUCGCCUCCCGAUUACUCCGAGUACAUGACAGGAAAGAAGCUUCCUCCGGGGGGCAUUCCUGGCAUCGACCUCUCGGACCCCAAGCAGCUGGCAGAAUUUGCCAGAAUGAAGCCAAGAAAAAUUAAAGAAGAUGACGCUCCAAGAACAAUAGCUUGCCCUCAUAAAGGCUGCACCAAGAUGUUCAGGGAUAACUCGGCCAUGCGGAAGCACCUGCACACCCACGGCCCGCGCGUCCACGUCUGUGCGGAGUGCGGCAAGGCUUUCGUGGAGAGCUCCAAGCUAAAGCGGCACCAGCUGGUUCACACUGGAGAGAAGCCCUUUCAGUGCACAUUCGAAGGCUGUGGGAAGCGCUUUUCACUGGACUUCAAUUUGCGCACGCACGUGCGGAUCCAUACCGGAGACAGGCCCUAUGUGUGCCCCUUCGACGGCUGUAACAAGAAGUUUGCUCAGUCCACUAACCUGAAAUCUCACAUCUUAACACACGCUAAGGCCAAAAACAACCAGUGAGGAGACAGAGAAGGACCUGCCCUCCGCAUCGGGAUGGCGGGAUCGACACGCCUCUCCUUUGUAUAUUGUUUCUAGGAAAGAAUUUUAAAAAAUGAAUCCUACACACCUAAGGGACAUGUUUUGAUAAAGUAGUAAAAAAAAAAAAUUAAAAAAAAACUUUAAUAAGAGGACGUUGCUAAGAUGCGCUAUCUUGCUCUGUGAUCUCGUUUCAAAAACACGGCGUUUUUGUAAAGUGUGGUCCCACCAGGAGGGCGAUUCAUGAACUUCGCAUCAAAAGACAAUUCUUUAUACAACAGUGCUAAAAACGGGACUUCUUUUCACAUUCUUAUAAAUACGAAGCUCACCUGUUGCUUACAAUUUUUUUAAUUUUGUAUUUUCCAAGUGUGCAUAUUGUACACUUUUUGGGGAUAUGCUUAGUAAUGCUAUGUGUGAUUUUUCUGGAGGUUGAUAACUUUGCUUGCAGUAGAUUUUCUUUAAAAGAAUGGGCAGUUACAUGCAUACUUCAAAAGUAUUUUCCUGUAAAAAAAAGUUAUAUAGGUUUUGUUUGCUAUCUUAAUUUUGGUUGUAUUCUUUGAUGUUAACACAUUUUGUAUAAUUGUAUCGUAUAGCUGUAUUGAAUCAUGUAGUAUCAAAUAUUAGAUGUGAUUUAAUAGUGUUAAUCAAUUUAAACCAUUUUAGUCACUUUUUUUUUCCCGAAAAAUACUGCCAGAUGCUGGUGUUGAGUGUAAUUUCUUUGCCUGUUCGGUUACAGAAAGUGGUGCUCAGUUGUAGAAUGUAUUGUACCUUUAACACCUGAUGUGCACACCCCGUGUAACAGAAAGGGCAACAAUAAAAUAGCAAUCCUACAGAAAGAAUACGGCAGAGAAAGAUCUGUAAGCACAGUCUUAGUUCCUUUUGUUGUCCAGAAUAAUUAUAAUUCUUGAGCCUCCCAGAAAUUGGAAGCUAAAUAAAGCAACUCAAGUUUUCUUUCCUUCGCACUCGGUCGCAGUGGCGCGUGUCAAGCAAGGCGUGGGUAUUCUAGGACUCCUCCGUGGACUGGAUUCCGAAAGAGCAGAGGACAGGCAGCCCGAGUUAAGGAACUACCUCAGAGUCCCCCGGCCAGGCCGGGGCGGAGGGGGGGGGGCCGGCUCGGGCCCCAGCCCCGUGUGCGUCCUCCAGGUAAGGUGCGGGCUGCAGAGGCACGGCCGCGAGAACCCCGCGGUUCCUCCCUCUGGUGGGGUCCCCAUGCUGGCACCAGGAACUUAGUGUCAGCGUCUAAACAGCUGCUGCGGGCAGGUCGGUGACGGCGUGAUCAGAAACUCGUACUCAGUGAGUACUUUACCUCUCUCCUCCCUCGGCCACCUCUCCAGUGCUCGGUGAUGAGUUUGGAAUUCUCCUUAGAGUCGCUCUCAGACUCGAGAGUGGCCCGUUACUGCAGAUGCGCACGUCCUGUGUAUCUUGUGCUGUGCACACGCUUGACUGCAGGGUGACCGGCACACUCGCUAAUAGCCAGGAUCUCUCUCCACGCUGUGCAGGACACCUCUAGGCCCCGGACGUCGGCCUGUCCCUGCGGGGGCUCCGUGGGUCCUGCCGAGGAUCGGAGACCAGCACAGCGGCCCCGUGGCUCUCUGGAACUUUGAAGUGCCUUCUGAAUUACAAUGAAAAAAAUUGAACUCGAGACGCUUUUCUAUUCGUUCAGAAUCUGUUACCCCCGAGUAGCUGGAUGGAACUGUGUCGUUCAGAAGCCCCUGGCCGGCGUCCGGCUGAGCCAGGCUUGGUUGGUCAGGAGAGUCAGGCCACGUCAGAGCCGAAGGCCCGCGGCGCCGGCAGGCUGGAGCCCGGCCCUGGUGCUGUCCCCGGGACCCCGAGGGAGGGAACCCCCAGUCCUGGUGCCUUGGUCCUUCAGGGAUGCCUUUGGCCAUCUCUGCCGUUCUCGUCUUCCUUCUCUGAGUGCAGCCUGGUGGUAGGGGAGCGUGGGUGGCGCUCCCCCGGGUCCGGAGUGCUGGGCCUGCCUGGAGGGUCCUGUGGCAGCGCCGAGACCCGCUUUGCUUGUGUCUUGAACCUUCAGCCGACUGUGGGAGUGGCGUAGCUGCAGGGCAGGGCCCCGGGAGCCUCUGACUUGCCGAUAGACACAUUUUCUCACGUCUGAGCUGAAACCUGCACGUCUCUAGCGUGUGUAAUAGAAACCCUCCGGAGGAUAAGUUUACACUUCACGAGAUAUUGUUUUCUAUUUUUGGAUUUAUUCUCUCCCCCCCCUUUUUGGUAGCAUGGGGGGAAGCGUAAUAUUUGUAUGAAGAACUAUCACCUCAGAGUGACCUCGCUUUCCAGGGUGACAGGACUCGCACGCUUCAGGGCCGUAGACCGAGGGCAUCAGCCGACGCUUUUUCCUGUUUGGUUUCCGUGUGCGAACUGCUCAGCGUCACUCGCUCUGCGAGGUGUGCCCGGGCGCCGCAGAGUGGCCCAGUGGAAUGCUUGCUGCUUCUGAGCGAUCCUUGUGGCGCUGAGGGGGUGGGGGCCCUGCUCCCCGCCCCGCCUGUCCCCAGGACCCCGUCCAACACGGCAACAGCCGGGGCUGAGGGAUUGGCAGCCCGCCGAGUCCCGAUUUUUCCUUCCCUCCCGUUUUUUUGUGACAUCCAGCCUCCAGGAAGGGGCGCUGUGUGCGCCCCGCGGCCCGAGUCCCCGUAGGUGCACCCCACCCGUGCUUUACACCCUCAGCGUGCCCCCCCACCCGGUGGGUUCUGGGGGCAGCCACACUCGGGGCCCUGCAGAGCAAGAGUGGUGCUAUCCCCACAUCCAAAGCCCACGGUCGCACAGACCGCUGUUUCCGCAGACACUCAGCCCCGAGCCUCGGCCUGCCGCCGUGCGUCUCUCGGGGGCCUUGAGGGGUGCGUUUUGGGGGGAAGGGCAUCUACCGAACAAGAACCAUUCUUUCUCCAGUGCCCGUGCCCGUGUGCGAGGCUCUGCGGUGCCGGCCAUGGGGAAGGGCCGCUCAUUUCCAUAGCUCAGUUCUCUCUCUCUUGGUUUCCCCGAAACUUCCACGUAGGCCCUGGCUCAAGAACUUGGCAUUGUGUCUCCUGUUCAUCUUUUUCUCCAAUGUUCGUUAUCAUUUCUGGAAUUAUCCUUGGUUUUUUUUUUCCUUAGCUCAUAGGUCAUAGAUGCAGAAAUAUUCUAGUAUUUAAAGCACCCACGUCAGCUGGCUUUGCAUCCAGAAACAUUUAAUGAUAACUCGGUUUGAAGCACCAAGCAUGUGUAACAUGGCUCUAUAAAAUAUAAUAAAUGCAUAAUGUUAAGCUUU